UUACCAUUGUCCCAUUUUGCUAAUGUUACCAUUUACCAUUAAACAAUCAUCAAAUCUCCAGAACUUCAAUCUUUAACAUUCGGGAUGAAAAGCAAAGGGCAUAGUCGAAAAUCUUGUAACAAGUUUGUUCGGUGCUUGAAAGCUCCUUUCAGAGCUCUGCGCAAAGCUAGGGAUGGUUAUAUUCGAUUUUUGACGAGUUGUGCUUCAAGCAUCAAUUACGGGGAAUGCCCCGGUUACUUCCCGGGCCAAUACCAUGAGUUGCCGAGGAGCUUUAGUGAAAGAUCAUCAGCAACAUCUACAUCUAAUGUCAAGGAAGAAGCUGUUCUGAGGGAGCUUAUCAGGGCUGCAUCUGUUCCAAGCUUGAGUCGUGGGAACGAAAUGGAUAUGUUUCCUCCAAAACAAUCGAGGAUGAGGAUGAGGAUGAGAUCAAGAGGGUUGCCAAAGAAUAUGGGUAGAAUUGAUGAAGACAAGCCUUGUGAAUUCGAAGACAACGAUGUUGUUAUUGUUGAGAGAAAGAGCAAGUUAGGUAUCAAACCCCUGCAUCAGGAACCUAUUCCCAUGUACACUGGCAGGGCGUGAUUUAUUUUAUAUGUAGAUAUAUGUAUGUGUACAU